AUGGCAGCUCCCUGUAAGUACCAUGUGUUCAUAUCUUUCAGCGGUGAGGAUACUCGCAAGAACAUUACGGCCCACCUCUUGGCCGCUUUGAAGGGGUAUAACUUUUACGUAUUUAGAGAUGACACUAAGCUCGAAACAGGAAUAGAAAUUGCUACUGGAUUGUUCAACGCAAUCGAGCAAUCAAAGCUUUACAUAAUUGUAUUCUCGAAAAGCUAUACGUCCUCACAUUGGUGCCUUAACGAGCUCGCGAAGAUCAUGAAGUGCAAGGACACACUCAAACGGAUUGUUAUUCCCAUCUUUUAUGACGUUGACCCCUCCGACGUUCGGAAACAAGAGAACUUUUAUGCAUUUAAUGAAAAAAAAACUCGGUGCCAGAAUGCGCAACAAGAAAUUGGUGGAGAAUUGGACGUUGGCUCUGACUAG